AUGGAUACGGGGAGUGACCCCGCAUUACGCGGGGCAGCAGCUUCGUCGGCCGAGACCACGGCGUCUGGUGGCAAGCCUCCCAAUUGGAGCAUUCGCGAUCAGCUGUUGCUCGUGGAAGCCGUUCUUGCCCAAAAGGGCGCUACCGAUUGGACCAAAGUAUCGCAUGAAGCCAUGCUGCUGUCCAAAGACGUUCGAGCACCCGAAUUCUUUCAGCCACCGCAUUGUAAGGCUCAAUAUCAAAAGCUGCUCAGUCUGGCUAGCAAGUUGCUGACGGCCAGCCAUGCGAGCAUCGACCAGUCUGUCUCUGUCCUACACAAAGCAUUGCAACGCAAGCGCCUGCAAGAGCUGGACACCGCUGUCAGCCAUGACCUCAACACCUACAAGCAAUUGGCUGCUGAUCUCCUCAUGCUCGAGUCGUCGCUCCGGGGUCAGCAAAUCAGUCCCAACCUCGUGGAACGUGCCAAGGUCCUUGUAAAAGUGGCCGAGGAUGAAAAUGCCACCGCCUUUUCACGUCGUCAAAGCAUCAAGAACCGCCGCGAUGUUGUUGAAAAUGCCUUGCGCGGCCGCAAUAGCCAAGAAGGCACCCGGGCCAGCACUUCAACUUCCAACUCCCCUCAGACGCCUCGCCCCGUCACCGACCCAGUCGGCACGACAGAUGCACGCACCCCACCCGAGGCUGCCACACCUCCACCUGCACCUGCCAGCACUGGCCGCGGCCGUGGCAAGGGCAAGGGUCGCGGCAAGGGUGGCAAGGGCAAGGGCAAGGGCAAGGGGCGUGGCCAAGGUCGACAGUCUAUUGAAGCUCCGAGCACGCCUGACUCACCAGUCUCGUCAACCCCAAACGCCCGUGAAUCGCGCCGCGCGACUGCAGCUGCAGAGGCUGAAAAACAAGCCAGUAAGGACUUGGAACCCGACUCGAACAAUGAGCAAGUCCAGGAGAAGGAGCACAAGGCUUCUCAACCCGGCGCCUCAAACAAGCAGGAUGCUCGCGAGUCCAAGGACAAGGCUCCGGGGGACGGCACAGCCGCCUCUUCAACAAACGUAGAGGGGUCAGAACAGGCCAACGAAGCGAACGAGUCAACUGAAUCAGCCAAAUCACCAGACCAGGGCAGCAAAUCUGUCCCCCACAAGGACAGGAAGGCGACGCGUAGCAGCUCAACUGCUGCCUCUGAUGAAGAAGAGAAGGACGUCUUGGUUGUUGAAAAUCCUUCUGACGGCAAGCACCCGCUCGCCCAGAGCGUGACGGUGGUCAAGUCUGAAGCCAAAACCGAGCCCCAUAAAGACAAGGACAAGACCGCAUCGCAAGCCGUGAAGCAGGAAACCGCAGAGAGCGAUGGCGAGGCUGCGGAUGAAGCGGUCACGGAUGCGGCAGCAGCACACGACAAAGUCGAUUCCACGCCCGGCCCUCGACGAGGAUCGCGCAGCUCCCGUGGCGCCACCCGAGCCUCUACUGGGCGUGGGCGUCCCAGCAAGUCGCGAAUCAAAGCGGAGGACGAGGAUCGGGCCACCUCUGAUGAUCAGAGCGAGAAGGAAGGAGACGAAAAGGAGGAAAAGACCGACCAGGCCAGCAAAGCCGAAGCAGUGGACAACGAGGACAGAGAGGAGGACGAGGGCUCAGAGGAGGAGGUUGCAACACCCGUUCGCUCCGGGCGUCGGGGCGGACGGACACCCGCCCGUGGUCGUGGGCGAAAGACGCGCGCCUCUCUCAAGGCCUCUCCAGGUGCCAGUACAGUUGUCGAAGAGACCGUUUCCGAUGCCGAGAGCACAAGCAGUCGAACGCGCCGUGGAAGUGCUCGCCGCGACGUCGAAGACGAAUCCGCAGCUAGCUCGCGCAUGCAUUCGCCAUAUGCCUCGGCUGUUCCAGAAAGUGUGCUAACGGCCAUGAAAAUUCGCUCGUCGCACAUCGAGGACUUUUGUCCAAUUACCGAGGACUUUGAAGACGACUGGGAGCUGGAAGACGAUCCGGAUGAGCGGGAGCGUCGCCAAAAAAGUUGGCGUGCGUCAAUCAUGCAAGCAUGGACGCAGAUUGCGGGGCACAAAGACGCCAACUUGUUUCGGCACCCCGUUAAGGAAGAACAUGCACCAGAUUAUCACAAGAAAAUCAAAGAGCCCAUGGACCUGGGCACGAUCAAGCACCGUGUGGAAAGUGGGGCGAUCAAGACGACGCGUGAUUUUGAACGUGCCAUGAACUUGAUGUUUACCAAUGCCUGCGUUUACAAUGAUCCAGAUCACUUUGUGCACAUUGCAGCCCUCGAGAUGGCACAGGAUGCGCGCAAUGCCGUUGCCUCGUAUCGCAAUACCAUUCUGGCCAUGCGACAGGGUGAAGGCGAUCAGGAGACACGAGGAACAGCGCGACGGAAGACCCCGGCAAGCUCACGCAAGCGCGCGGCCGUGGUUACCAAAGAGCCGGAAUCGGCGAGCAAACGCCCCAAGCGUCGAGGCCGGUAA